AUGGCCAGCCUCGGCGCCGGGGCGGCCUGGCACGCCCUGUGCAGCCCGUCCCUGUGGCUGGACGUGGCCGCGGUGCUGCUGCCGUCGCUCGGGGUUUAUUACGUCGUGUACGCCGAGUCGAAGACGGUCGCGUCCUUGGCGCAGCUUUCUGACAUGCAGGAGCGGAACGAGAAGCAGCAGCUGUUGGCCUCGAAGGCAAUCAAAGCCGACAAGCAGUGGUUCUGCCUCGGCGUCUCCAACCUGGCCAUAACGGCCUACCUGCUUGGUGCCUUCCCGGGCCGGCGAAUUUUUUGUUCUACGUGCCGAAAGUUAUUUUCCUCAUUUUGUUGCGCCUGUAUAAGUUCUACCAGAAGAAGCAGCAUUUUCUUCUCUGGGACUUCUGUUACUGGGCGAACUUCCUAUGCAUAUUCUACUGCGUGGUCAUGCCGUCCUCGCCGACGGUCUUCCGGAUCGUCUUCAUGUGUGCGAACGGCCCGCUAG